AUGCCAACGACCUAUGGGCCUCAGCCCCUCCGUAAACUCAAUACGGAAACGAGGCAUGGGUUCGGCGAUCAAUAUUCUUCGGAACAGUACCUCGAGAACCUAGAAAAUGACUUUAUGUUUUAUUUUGAUGAUAAAAGGCACAGGACCAACGGCAACCCUACUUCACCUGAAGUUAAGGCCAAAGAUGAAAGCCACUACUAUCAGCCCAUCCCAGAUUGGAAGAUAGUAAAAGAACGACAAAAAACCGUUUCCGCAGCGUUACUGCUGUGUCUGAAUCUUGGAGUUGAUCCUCCUGAUGUUGCCAAAACACAUCCAUGCGCGAGAUUGGAGUCCUGGGUUGAUCCACUCAAUUUCCAAGACUCAAAAAAGGCCAUUGAGCAAAUUGGGAAGAACCUGCAGUCACAGUACGAAACUCUAUCUUUAAGGACCCGGUAUAAGCAAUCUUUAGAUCCCUGCGUCGAAGAUGUGAAAAGGUUUUGUAACUCCUUGCGGCGGGCCUCCAAGGAUGAGAGAAUCCUUUUUCAUUACAACGGCCACGGCGUCCCUCAACCUACGGCUUCUGGAGAGAUGUGGGUCUUUAAUCGCGGAUACACACAAUACAUUCCGGUGUCACUGUACGACCUCCAGACCUGGCUUGGCGCCCCCUGCAUAUAUGUCUAUGACUGCAACAGUGCUGGCAAUAUAGUCGCCAACUUUCAAACAUUUGUACAAAAGAGAAUUAAAGACGAUCAGGAUGGAAAUCAUGACCCUGCGGCACCUUCGCCCACUCAGGCCUACACUGAGUGUAUUCAGUUGGCGUCCUGUAGAGCGAAUGAAUUGCUACCAAUGAAGCCAGAGCUUCCAGCAGAUCUCUUUACAUGCUGCUUAACCUGCCCAAUCAAAAUCAGUGUUGAGAUCUUUCUCAUGCAAUCUCCAUUGAGAGAGUCCAAGUAUUCGGUUCUGUUUCAAGACUACGAUUCACGAACUCAUAGAUCAGGAGAGCAAUCGUCUUCCGCAAAGCCUAAUGUUACAAUUCCUGGCAAGCUAUCCGAUAGGAGAACUCCACUGGGUGAGUUAAAUUGGAUCUUCACUGCAAUAACGGAUACCAUAGCCUGGACCUCCCUACCGCGCCCGCUAUUCAAAAAGCUUUUCAGACAUGAUCUCAUGGUCGCUGCUCUCUUUAGGAAUUUUCUCCUUGCAAAGCGCAUUAUGCCUUGGUUCAAUUGCCACCCGGUUUCUGAUCCAGAGCUUCCUGAUUCGAUAGCAGAUCACCCAAUGUGGAAGUCUUGGGACUUAGCUAUUGACGAGGUCUUAACAAAACUUGUUGACGACCUUCAAAAUGUGCCAUUGGCCUCUGCAGACCUAGAACUGCAGCCAUCUCUGCAAGAGCAGCAGGUAUCGGAUACAUCGAUCGAUGACCCACUGCACUCUAAAGCGGCUGCAGGCACUUUAAGCACGAUGUCAUUAGCGAAUCACCAAGCAGGAAGCCUGUCACAGGUGUCGCAACAUCUCUCUCAACAGCAGCUAUUACAACAUCAGCACCAACAACAGCAACUGCAGCAGCAACAACAGCAGCAACAGUUUACAGGAUUUUUUGAGCAGAACUUGACUGCUUUUGAACUCUGGCUUAAGUAUGGGUCAAACACCCGCCACCCACCAGAGCAACUGCCAAUCGUUUUACAGGUUCUGUUAUCUCAGGUUCAUCGUGUUCGGGCGCUGGUCUUGCUUUCCCGGUUUUUGGAUUUAGGACCCUGGGCCGUCUAUCUUUCAUUAUCAAUUGGGAUAUUUCCAUAUGUCUUGAAGCUUUUACAAAGCCCUGCUCCGGAACUCAGGCCAAUUCUGGUUUUCAUAUGGGCCAGAAUUAUGUCCAUAGACUAUAAAAACACCCAGGCCGAGUUGAUUAAAGAAAAGGGAUAUCUUUACUUUGUCAAAAUAUUAGUGCCCGAGUUGGGUAUGCAUCCGCAGCCGGGAAGUGCCCCUCAACUUCAAAGGACUAUUAGUGGUGGCGGUUUGACUAUGAAUGCUAGCACAAGCAUCGGAACACAGCGUUAUCAGUUUUACCAAAAUUUCCAAAAUGCCAAUAAUCCUGGAGUAGCCAUGGCAAACAACACGACUGAUGAACAGAAGGCCAUGGCUAUGUUUGUGCUCUCAUCCUUCCUACGCGACUUUUCCCUGGGGCAAAAAUAUUGCUCCUCAUUAGAACUUCUCGGCAAGAUAUGUUAUUAUGUUGAAACGUCCGAUGUUCCGCUACUACGGCAGUGGUGCAUCGUGCUCAUGGGCCAAUUAUAUUUAAAGAACCCUUUCAACAAAUAUUUGUGCAUGACUUGCGGGUUUUUAGACAAAAUCUACACCUCUAUGAAGGAUCCCAUUCCUGAGAUUCGUUGUGCCGCGUUGUUAGCUUUCAGCAUGUUCAUUUCAGAGAAGAAUGAUGCCGAGAUGGCUCUUCAGAUGCAACAAGAAAUGCAACAGCAGGCACAACAGCUUCAAGUUCAGCUUCAAACGUUACAAGGUGGUCAAAUGCAGCGGCAGCAAGCUCAAGCUGAGCGCCAGCUGCAACAACUUCAAGCUUCGCUGUCUCAGAUGAGAACUAUGGAUUCAAGGAAACUGAAACAAGACGAGAUCAAAAUGACUAUUGAGGCCUUAGGCUUGGUAAAUGACGGGUCACCGUUGGUGAGGAAAGAGCUAAUCAUCUCCUUGUCUCGUAUUGUGCACCGGUACAUCAACUUCUUUUUUGUUAUAGCUUUCAAUGAGUUAUGUGAUGAGAUUUCUCAGCUGGAGUCCACAGGUGACAGUGCAGCAUUAGAAAGCAAGCAGUCGAUAGCUCAUGGGUCCAUUUUCAACACAGUUUGGAAGUCCCUUCUCAUUCUCGCAGAGGACCCCUACCUCGAAAACAAAACUUUGGCGCAACAGGUAGUGGAUUAUGUUUUCACCAAGCUCAAUGUCCACUCUCAGCUCAAUGAAGUGGUAUUGUUAAUGGAACUAUAUUUGGUGAAGCACACCUCCUGCAAUGCCACUGGUCACGGAGCAACAACAGUAUCUAUACUUCCCACAGCAAAAAGGCCCCUCAGUUUGUCUGCGAACAAAAGGGAGGCUACUAGCAACUCAGAAACUCCAAAAUCAGGUAUUUUCAAAAGAAGCAUUUCUUUGAAUGGACUUCUGAAAGCUCUCGGCUGGGAGCAGGACCAGGAGGAUUCUUCGCAGGAAACUCCCUCUAACCGAUCAUUCGGAAGACUUCAGGGCAAUAAUCUUUUGACUGUACCGUAUGGAGUAUCUCCUUCGGCGACUACCCCAAGGUACAAAAAACCUAAAGGCCCUAUUGAUAUGCCUCUGAAAAGCAGCUUUUUGGACUACUCACGGGAGUACUUUCAAGAACCUCAGAUGAAAAAACAAGAAGCCGACGAACCUGGUAGUGUUGAGUAUACCUCGAGACUCUGGCGCAGAAACAGAAAUGAGUCCAUAAUCCAGAGGACCCAGGCUCAGAAGAGACUGGCACUCUAUGGGGACUGGUCUAACAAGAUCGGAACAUUAGAUAACAAAACACAGCCAAAGCUGCUAAAAUUCAGCCAAUUCGAGAACUACAUUGCAUGCUCCGACGACAGAGACAAUAUUUCGAUUUUUGAUUGGGUUGAUAAAAGCAAGCUUUCUACGUUCUCAAAUGGCAAUCCCUUUGGUACCAAAAUUACAGACAUGAGUUACCUAAAUGAAGAUGAUGUGCCCCUGCUUCUCGCAGGCUCUUCUGACGGUAUAGUCAAAAUUUACAAGAACUUUCAAGACCUUGAGGAGCUAGAACUUGUUUCCUCGUGGAGGGGCCUUACUGACUUACUGUUGACACCGAGGUCAACUGGGUUGCUAACAGAGUGGCAGCAGAGCAGGGGAUCGCUCUUGGUGACUGGAGAUGCUAAAAUAAUCAGAGUAUGGGAUGCCUUGACCGAGACCAUUGAAGUUGAUAUACCUGCGAAAUCUUCAUCGCUCAUCACUUCUAUUACGUCGGACCAACUUUCAGGGCACAUGUUCGUAACAGGUUUCUCCGAUGGAUCUCUUCGAGCAUAUGAUCGUCGCGUCGACCCCAGAGAUUCCAUGGUGAGACUAUGGAGAUCUGGGGACGGAAAAUCCAAUUUUGGGAUAAACAACAUCCACUUACAGAGGGGCGGGUACCGUGAACUGGUUAGCGGAACCGAAAAUGGUCUUGUAGAACUCUGGGAUCUCCGGUACCAAAACUCAAUAGGGAAGUUUAAAGAUGAAGGUGACAAGAGCUCGUCCAUGACUACCAUGACUUCGAUGAAGGUGCACGAGCAUGCGCCUGUGAUCGCCACUGGUACUAAAUCGUUAAAGAUCUGGACUACUUCAGGUGAUCUGCUGUCGUCCUUUAAGAACAAUACGCCAGCACACGCAGGCGGUGUUGCUGGCACACUCGCCACGGGAAUAAGCGCAUCAAGAAUUUCAAGUUCGUUUAUUUCCACGAUGGCUUUCCAUCCUCAUGAGAUGAUCCUGGCCGCUGCAAACUCUCACAACUCGAGCAUCAAUAUCUACGAAUGUUAUGAAGGAAAGACAGACUACCUGUACUACUAA